GCCUACUAUCUCCGGAAGUUCACGGAUCAUCAAUUCAAUGUCACAAUAUUUGAAAAAAACAGCUAUGUUGGAGGUCGGGCGACCAAUAUUAACUUUGAUGGAGUCGAAGCAGAGCUGGGGGCUAGCAUGUUUAUUGAGGACAAUAGAAUCUUAUACAAUGCUUUUCGCAAACAGUUCUUCAGAGUCCACCUCGUUCGCACUGUGGAACGGAGAGUCCUUUGACUACAUAUUGGAGCCUUCGUCAAACUCUUGGGUCACAUACCUAAAGCUUGUGUGGAGAUUUGGGCUUUACUCCAUUGCAGCUGUAAAGUAUCAGCAGCAAACAGCCAUGAAGACGUUUCUUACAGAAUACUACGAAAAAUAUUACCCUUUAUCCUCUCUCAACUUGGUCACUGAUCUGCUGAAAUAUACAUCUGUGACAGCCAAGGAACUCUUCAAUUCUAUAUGGGUGGGCGCUAACUACCAGAGCUUUGUGCAAUCACUGACCCGAAAUAAUUACGCUCAGAAUCUAGGUACAAUACAUUCUUUGGGAAGUUUAGUGCUGCUCUCUGGAGAGUCCUCAUUCCAUGUUGAGGGAGGAAAUAAUCAAAUAUUUCAGAAAUGGAUACAAGCCUCCGAUGCUGAUCUGCGACUCAAUACCACAGUAACAGCAAUUUCUAAAACAUUGUCAGGAUAUGUUGUCUCUUACGGCUCGCACACCGAGGAGUUCGAUAUCGUUGUCCUUGCAGGACCAUAUGACCAGUUGAACAUCCAAACCAACAUCUCUGUAUCGCUAGUCAGCGCUGAAUAUGUCCAUCUCUUUGUGACCCUGGUUAGAACGCCAAAUCUGCUGUCGGAAAGCUCCUACUUCAACAAUAAGAAGACUCCGCAAACAAUCUUAACCACAGGUGGUGAUGAGUUCAACUCAAUUGGCCUUGUGGGAUACAGUGAAAAGUUCCAGGAGUAUGUCUAUAAAGUGUUCAGCUUCCAAACCCUGGAUGAGCAACUGCUGCAUGACAUAUUUGGAAACUACUCAAACAAGUACGAGAAAAUCUGGUACAGCUAUCCAUAUUUGAAUCCAAUAAGCAGGUUCGACGAAUUUAAGCUUGCAGAGAACCUCUACUACCUCAAUGGCAUGGAACAAUUUAUAAGCACCAUGGAGACUUCUUCACUAGCAGGUGCUACCGUUGCUGGGUUAAUAGCCCAAGGAAGAAAUACUACCCAGAUAACAGUGCCGUAAAUGUCAUGCACUAAAUUACAUAUGAUAUACAGAGGCCUUAGAAUUGAAAAUUAGCUAACCGAUAUCUUAUGUCCCUGCGAAAGAUCGUCUUUGGAAUCGGGCUCAGGCUGGCUGGCUUCGUCUUUGGUUUCGCGUAUCAUGUUCAUAAUGGAAAGGUCUAUAGCUGAUGCUGAGUCGGGAUUCGGUUCGAUUCUAGCAUCAGGGUGACGGAAAGUAUGAGCCUUGAUCGGACUUUGCAAAGCUACAGCACCGGCAAAGUACUCGUGGUCUGCACUGCGACGCUGGCUGUGAGGUGUCGGAGGAUCUGAAGAGACCGUAGUCAUUGUGGUAGCUUGCGUGAUCACUGGGAGUGCAGGGGCAGCCAGGCUAAUCUUGCUGAUUGGGUUAGCUUCCUGAGAUGGCUUUCUUGAGGAACUUGUGACUAGUGAUGAGUUCGAUGCGUUGACCUGCCUUGUCAAAAGCACCCCUGAAGGAUAAACAUUCUCGUCAAUUGAGACCGCCCUCGAUGGCUGGCUUGAAGCGACUGGUGAAGGAAGCUGUGACGCUUGGUCCGGCUGAGGUUUUUCAAAAGUGUAGUUCGCACUAACUGGGGUAGCCAAGGUUGUAGUCUUCGAAGCCUCAGAUACGGGCACUGCUGAACUGAUUUGUUCCCACAAGUUCCCUGUCGCUGAAGAUUGUACUGAAGAUGUCUUCUGGGAGAACGGUUUCUGCGGAGGAAGCAUGUGAUCAGAAGAAUUCAAUAGAUUUUUGUUUGGCGUCAAUAUCUGAGCUUGAGGGGUGACCACCUGCGUCUUGUGGCUGUCCAAAUUCAAAGGCGGGGGUUUUGACCUUUGUGAGGCCCUUGAAUCGAUAGAAUCCCGUGCAUCCUCAUGUUUUUCCUUGGAAGAUACACUCACGCGAGAUUGAGAGCUCAUCCGAUUGUUCAACAUAUCCGAUGACAUCGAAUUAUCUCCGGUGGUCGUGGUAGUAAUUACCUUGUUGAUGUUCAUUGUGGAAACACUUUCGGCCAUCUUUGAAAUAAUGCUUGGGUCCAGAAACUUAUUCAACUUUAAUUGAGCGGAUUUUGCAUCAAGCAAUAACCUCGACUCAAAUAUUCCCGGCCUUGAGCCAUCAAUGCGCAGAUCGUUUGAGUAAUCAACUCCAUUAAACAAGUUGAACAACUCUAUUCUGUAACCUCUGUUGCUAGCCAAUGGGUUACCAACUAAGUACAAGAUGUUGAGCUUCACAACGUUAUUAUUCAUCAAAAAAAGCGGCUUCAUCUCAGCAACCUUGGACAACUUGUUCUGUCGCAAAUCAAUCUUCUCCAAUGAUGUGGCAUUCUCCAAAGUAUCCAAAUUUGUUAGCUGAUUACCACGCAAGUUUAGGAUGGCCAAUUUGGUCAGCGUCUUUGGGAACGUUUUUGUAUUCAUGAGCUUGUUAUAGGACAGGUUCAGUGACUUGAGAUUAUGAAGUUUGGCCAGUGCAGCGUGCGGGAUCUCCGUCAGGUUAUUAUAAGACAGGUCAAGAGACGAUAAAUUCUCCAAAUUGGUGAACGCUUCUUCGUUAAUUCUUGUUAUCUUGUUCUCUGUGAGCGACAAAUGUUUUAGUAAUCUCCAAUGGAUCUUAGACAAUUCAUGCGGGUUUGAAGAUAUAGGAAUCUGGUCAAUAGUAGGAAGUGUAUCUUUCGGGGUGUACCGUGAUUUGUGCUGGUACUGAUAUUGUCUCCUAGG